GAAACACUACGGACUCUUGCAACACUGUUAUUGCCUCAUCCCAUUAUGGCUUUUUGUUCAUCAAUGUGGUAGCUUGGACAACUUAAGCGUUGAAGCUUGUUCUUACCUUUUAUCUUUUUUGCUAAGCUUUUUAACUGAACAAUGGUGAUCGGGCAAGCUCAGUUUGCGUCGCUCGGCCGCGCAGCUUGUCGGGCACUCCUCUCGGGGGCAGCUCCUCUCACUGCUGAAUCUGCUUGCGCUCGGGCUUUUCAGCAAGCAGCGAACCAAGUAGCACGGAGUUACAGCAGCGAGACCUGCUCGGCCGUAAGCGAGGCUGAUGAUGCAGCAGGUUGCGCGCCGCAGCGGGUACUCUGCUCAGAGCUGGAGACGCUGACGCUGUCCUCUAGCAGAGCACUGUUCCGGGGGAACGCUGGCCGCCUCGUUGGAACCGGCGCAUCCGCCACAUCUCCCUCCUCCUCGCAGCCUGCCCUUUCCCACCUCCACUUCCUUCCAUCCUCCCUCCGAUCCCUCCACACCAGCAGCCUCGCAGCCUCCUCCGACGCCGCCUCCACCUCCUCUCCCUCCCAGCCGGCUCAGAACCCCCUGCAGGCCGCUCUCCAAGCAGCGGAGGCUGCCCGAGCCAGUGGCAGCGUCGCCGCCGCAGACGGUACCAGCGGCGAGGCCCUGUCGGGGACGUUGCGUGCAGCAGCAGCAGCAGGCGGCGCUGCCGGCAGGGGUCGGCGGAAGGCUCGUAACUGGAUGUGGUACGACGAGUCGGACGAGCGGGAGGAGCGCGCCAAGGAGCGGCAGCGGGCGCAGUACGGCAAUGCCGGUACGGCACAUCUGCUGGACGUACCGCAGAGCAUGAAGAAGAUGCAGCGCAUUGUCAAGCUGGUCCGCGGACUGCCGUACCAAGAGGCGGUGGCCCAGUGCCAGUUGGUGCCCCACAAGGCGGCAAAAUACGUGCUGCAGGCUCUGGAGCGGGCGCAUGAGGACGCGACGGAGGAGAAGGGGCUGCAGGCAGACAAGCUGGUGGUCGGCACCAUCUUUGUGACCAAGGGCAUCUACGAGAAGGGCAUUCAGCCCAUGGGCAAGGGCUCCGCGGGCCGCAAGGUCGCCCGCAAGAGCCACCUGCGGAUUGUGCUGACCGAGUCCCGGGGCCGCUCCUCCAGCUUCACCCCCCGGGUGGUGGCGCCGCUGAUGGGCGUCAUGAGCCGCAAGGGCGCCUCGCCCGCAUGGUUGGGGGCUGCGGGGGCGGGGGCGGGGGCGGGCAGGCCGCGCGCGCGCUUCGCCUACCAGCUGGAGGUGUGAGGGGUGUGCGGCUGACAGGCGGCUAGGGCUGCUGGGUGGGGAGGAGGAUUGUGGGUGAGGAGGGGUUUGGAUGGGGACAGGACAGGAGAGAAGAUAAGGGAAGGUCAGGGAGGUAGAAAGGUGGGGGGAGGGGUACGGUUUACGCGGGGGCUGCUGGCUGAACAUGGGUGGCUGCAGCUGUGGCUAUGGCGGUUGGGUGAGCUGGGGAACGGUCCCAGUGGGGUCGGAGGAGGAAGAGGUAUUUGGGAGGAUGUGGGUGGGCGCACGGAGGGUGUUGUGGUAAAAAGUGGUUCAUUGUUAAAGGGGGGGUUCGCGAAUCCAGGUGCUAGGUGGUGCUCUGCUGUGGUAGUGUGGGGCGGGCUGGUGGAGGUAGGGGUUGAACGGGAGGGGUUAAACGGCACUAGUUGACUGAACGCCGCCGCAGAAUCCACUCUGACCUGGGUUUCUGUGUGAAUGUCGAGCUAACCAACAGCGUGCUUUCGGAGAGGCGAGAGGGAGGUCGGGGUUGGCAUUUCCGGUGCUGCGGUGGUGACUGGUGAGGAGGGCAGGGGAGCGGGGGCCUCAUUGAGAGGACCUUCCUUGUAACGACCUCGAUCACAUGCUGCUCAUCCUGCAUCAGGC